GUCUGCAGUCCACAACUACCGUCCUUAAGCGCCAGAGCAUUCUCCAUGAUGAAAUGUUUCUCGUUGCUCACUGCUGUCGCCUUUGCACUGACCCAGUCGGUCGUCGAUGGAGCUCUAUCCGUCACGUCCACUGAGCCCACGCGCUCCAAUAAUGGUCCAUUCCUCGAGAAGGUUUGGAUCAUCGAAGGUGACGCCGGCGACAUGCUCGACGACUUGAAGGUGCAAGUCGCGGGUAACGUGUUCGUGGACUACGACGCGUCACUCGCUGCGGAUGGCAACGUGGCGGCCAGGGUAAUUAUGCGCAGCAGCUCGCCUGACAUGGUGGGUCUUGUGGACGUCGUCGUGCAUGAAGCUGACGGUAACGGGAUCCGCAUUCACUACAAGAACACGAACGCUCGCGUCGUCGGCGAAGUGGUGACACAAAUCAUUGUGAGCGACCGGAACGCGCUCUCUAGUGUCAGUGCCACGCACUCCGACAGCGUCGUCCUGGGUGACGGCGUCGUGGUGAAGGAUGAUCCGUCCACCAGUCUGGAGCUCGAUACGAGCGGUGAUGCUGCAAUCUACGUCGGCUCCUUGACGCAGGACCAGGUUGUGCUGAAAAGCCUCAGUAUCGCUAGCUCUGGCGAUGGCUACGUGCAAUUCCUGGCCUCGUCGAUCCAAGCCGAUGCCAUCACUGUCUCUCUAUCUGGAGACAGCAAGGCGGUCGUUGCGGCAACCGACCACAUCACUGUCGAUUCGAUGGUCUCCGCUAUCUCAGGUGACGGCAAGAUCUUCGUGGAGACGGCCAAUCUUCAAGCGCAAAAACUCUCAGCUACUCUAUCAGGAGACGGUAAAGUGUCGUACUCCUCUUCUGGAUCGUGCGUGGAUCAGACUAUUCAUCUAAGUGGUGACGCCUCCGUCUACGCUGGAUCUAUUGUCUGUAAGAAUUCAAUGGUAGCAACGUCUGGAGACGGCAAAGCUAUCGUCCAAACUACGGACACACUAACGUCCGUUGGUGGCGGAUCUGUGAAGUACGUGAACGCAGCACCGCACCGUAUUGUAUCCAGCUCGAUUUUCAGAAAGCACAGCAAUGUCAAGCCAGCCAAGUACAACAAGUUCAAGACACGCCGCCCGUCGACCCCGCCUACCCGUGCGCCAACAGAACUUACUGUUGUUGUCAAGGCAGCCUGGUUCGGCGACGCUCCUCACGUCAGUGUGUACUCGGGCAUUGGGAACUCAAUUUUCAUUGACGGAACAGGGUUCGCAGUGGCCAAUAUCCCAGCCUAUCAGCGCGGUGUCGGAUUUUUUGGAUACGCGCCUCUAGCGUAA